CACAACUCAUCACUAAAACCCUAAAGAAAAAAAAAAACAGUCAAAAUGAAGAAACCUUCAGUUGUCUCUUUUCUCAUCACUCUCCUGUUGGCUGCAGCUGUCUGCAUCCAAGGCAGCGAACCAGUGAAGGACACUGACGGAAACCCAGUUAGCGAUCGAAACCAAUACUUCAUCCAGCCGGCAAAUAACAACGGAGGUGGUCUUGUCCCAGCCGCCAUUAAUAUACUUCCCUUCUGUCCACUUGGAAUCACCCAAACACUCCUUCCGUACCAACCGGGCGUACCGGUUGGCUUCCAGUUACCAUAUGGUGCAAAUCCCAUCGUUAAUACAUCUUUCCCUCUAAACAUUGAAUUCAGGUCCAAAGUCUGGCCGGUCUGUACCGAGUUUUCCAAGUUCUGGAAAUUCGAUGAUUCCCCAUCCGCUUCCGAGGAGCGUGCAAUUCUCAUAGGUGGUGAACGGUUUGGCAAAGAUAGCGAGUUUAAGAUUGAGAAAGCCGGAGAAGGAGCAGGAGCAAACACUUACAAAUUAACCACCUCAUACGGAACCGUUGGAGCCAUCCCAGGGGGGUGGAUGGGCGCACUACAACUAAUUGUCACCAAGGAUACGACUAAGACCUUACCCAUCAAAUUCAAAAAGGUGGAUGCUGCUACUACUACUUCUACUUCUCGGGUUGAGAAGUUAGGUCUAAGAAUGUUCCCGUUCUACUAAUCAACUGGGCAAAAUCAUGUAAAAAAAAAGCCUGAGACUCGUCCAUGGCAAGAAAUAAUGGGUUGAGAUAAUACCCGCUUGCAAGUUUUUACUUUUCAUGAAUAAAAUAAAACUAUCCUUUCUAGCGCUU